AUGUAUAGGUAUAGCUACAUAGAUGCAGACGUGCGCGCUUUAGGGCAACAUAUAUCUAUGUCAGCUCACAAAGCGCGAAGGGUGAUUGAUCAGAUUCGCGGGCGUUCCUACGAGGAAACACUUAUGAUACUCGAGCUCAUGCCUUAUCGAGCAUGUUUUCCCAUUUUGAAAGUACUUUAUUCUGCCGCAGCAAAUGGUAAUCACAAUAAGGAUUUUAAGAAAGACGAUUUAGUUAUUACUAAAGCCGAAGUCAAUGAGGGUAGUACUGUAAAAAAACUAAAAGCUCGGGCUCGAGGACGGAGUUAUGCGAUAAAAAGGCCAAGUUGUCAUAUACGUAUUGAAUUGACAGACAAAUCUUUCUAUGAAAAAUAUAACAGGGGCGAGUUAGAAAACUAUUAUAAUCUUAUUGUAAUGAAGAAAAAACAGAAAAAAAAAUUUAUGCUUAAUAAAGCGGGUGGGUAA